AUGAUAGAAACAAAUGAUCAGAAGGAGAUUAUGAAGGUUCUACCAUUUUUGGAUUCGGAAUUUUUGAAAGAGUUGGACAUUUUUAAUACUGCUAAUGAUGAGAACAAAAUGGUAGAAAUGGAUGAAAUUCUCAAAUUGGAUCAUUUGAAUAACUUUGAAAGAUUCAAAGUCAGUGGAUGUAUUGUUCCGGAUAACCUUGUUACCAAAUUAUCUCAUAUACCGUAUUGCCAUAUUCAAGUGAAAUCAGUUAACUCCAAAGAUUUGUUAUUUUUGAAAGAGGCCAUUCUUCGUCUCCCAACUUUCGAAGAAUUCGAAAUUAAAUUCAAAAUUUUCCGGACCUUAAUGAAUUCCUAUGGAAAACUGAAGUAA